AGAAGACCGUGGAACAUUUUUCCCCGUGCGUGGAUUUUUUUCUACGUGCGCGCCUAUUUCACCUAACUACCGAAGCCACGGCGACGUGUCCAGCACGAGCUACAUUCCAGAAUCAAACAUCAGUCAUCUUCAAGUCGGCACUCGUUGUUUUACAGCCUACUUUAGCCUAGCCUAGCUGGCCGGUGUAGGUAAACAAUCCGCACUACACCGGCCGCUAACAAAGCUACACGGCACGUCGUCAAGCGUUCAGAAAUCAAGUGAGAAAAAUGUCCUCAAGUACCACACCGGCUGCAGUAAAGUUCCAGGAGGAACUUUGUAGAGUAAAAGAGGAGCCCCGACGUCAGCAACACUCGACUGUGUGCAAAAUAAUGCACGCAAAGGCUGUUCUGUACAAACUUCAAGAUGUCAGUCAAGUGCAUCGUCCUGAACGCCAGGAAUGUGCUCGCAUGAAAGAAGAAGAGAAGGAAGAGUCGCCAUACGUCAAGAACGUGGAGGAAGAAUUAGUCCACAUUAAGGAGGAGUAUUUCAUUAGAGUUGCGAACCCCCACAUUGAGGAGCAGCAGCAACCUCGUCCCCUCAAAAAGGAGGAGAACAACCCGCGAUAUGUUAAAGUGGAGGUGGUGAACAUCCCCAAGUGGACUGAUGAGAGCUUGAAGGGUGAAGAUGGGGGUCCGAGUGAAGCCAGCAGGGGGGCGGAGCCUCCGAAUGGCAGCAGCAGCAGUUCAAAAGAAGGAUUCCAAGCAGACAACCUCAUCGCUCGACCAUCAGAGAGUGACGACUUCACAUCACGCUCGCUGUUCUGUUUCAGAAAAUAUCUUGGUGCUGAGCCAAAAUCUCCUGGCGUUAAAGAGCUCCCCCAAAUCAAAGAGGAGGAGGAGGCAGAGCCCUGUCAGCAGAAGGAGAGAGAAGAGCAACUUCCAAUCAAAAAGGAGGAGGAGGAGGAGCUGCCUUAUGGUGAAGAGGAGGAGCGUCUCACCAGGUUGACUGGUAAGCCCUUGAAGAGUGAAGAUGGUCCGAGUGAGGCCAGCAGAGGGGCGGAGCCUCCAAGCAGGGGGAGUACCAGCAGCUCAUCGGAAGGAUUGCAAGCAGACAUUGACAUUGCUCCACCAGACAGAGAUGGUGCCACGUCACACUCACCUUACAAUGAUGAUGGUCAUACGACAUCUCACAAUGACGACAAACUCUGCAAAUGCUCCCAGUGUGGAAAAACCUUUGCUAAUAAGUAUACCUGUCGUACGCAUAUGAGGAGCCACACUGGUGAGAAGCCUUUUGUCUGCUCAGUUUGUGGUCAAAGAUUUAGUCACAAGGGAUCCUUAAAACGACACACAAGAACCCACACUGGCGAAAAACCUUUUACCUGCUCAAUUUGUGGAAAAGGUUUUGUUCAGGCGGGAGACUUGACAAAACACACAAGAAUCCACACUGGUGAGAAACCUUUUACCUGCUCAAUUUGUGGAAAAGGUUUUGUUCAGACGGGAGACUUAACAAAACACACAAGAACCCACACUGGCGAAAAAUCUUUUUCCUGCUUGGUUUGUGAUCAAAGAUUUGCUGAUAAGCAACACUUAAAACAACACACAAGAACCCACACUGGCGAAAAACCUUUUUCCUGCUCCGUUUGUGGUCAAAGAUUCCCUCUAAAGCAAAACUUAAAAAGUCACAAAAGAACCCACACUGGUGAAAAACCUUUUUCCUGCUUAGUUUGUGGUCAAAGAUUUAGUCACGCGAUCACCUUAAAAUGACACACAAGAACCCACACUGGCGAAAAACCUUUUUCCUGCUCAAUUUGUGGAAAGAGUUUUGUUCAUACGGGAGACUUAACAAAACACACAAGAAUCCACACUGGCGAAAAACCUUUUGCCUGCUCAAUUUGUGACCAAAGAUUCAGGGAGAGCAGCCACUUGAUAUACCACACAAGAACCCACACUGGUGAAAAACCUUUUUCCCGCUCAGUUUGUAGUCAAAGAUUCACUCAAAAAAUUGCUUGAAAAUACAUACAAGAACCCACACUGGCGAAAAAACUUUUUUUCCUGUUCUGUUUGUGAUCAAAGAUUUGCUCACAAGCAAAAAUUAAAACAACACACUAGAAUCCACACAGGAGAAAAACCUCUUUCCUGCUCAGUUUGUAGAAAGAGUUUUGUUCAUACAGGAGACUUAAAGUGAUCCUCGAUUUUAAAGACAUGUAGGCUCUAAUAAAUCACAAUUGUUCUCUUGUAUUAAAAUAUGUCGUUAGAAACACAUAAAAUGUUAAAUCAAUGGAAAUAUUUUAUAAUAUUUAGUGCAUAUUUUGACCGAUAGUUGGCGCCAUGUUCUGCGGGCGCGGGGGUGAUGACGUAGAUGAUAUUUUUCCAAUCGUGUAGCGUGUGUACAACAACUGUGUAUUGCUGGCUUAACUCGCGAAGUAAAAUGCCACGAUGUGCUGCUUAUGGAUGCAAUUUCGAGUCAAAUGGAAACAAGGAGAGUGAUGAGAGUCUCCACAAAUUUCCUGUUGACAAGAAGAGGAGAAAGGUUUGGGGAAAUGCCUGUAGACAAGCAAAUCUUCCCAAACAACCAAGGCUUUGUUGUCGCCAUUUUUCUCCUACUGCGUUUGAGGAUUUUAGUAGAUGACAACUAAUGAAAGAUCUCACCGGAGCGGCUAGAUAUAAGCGCAGACUAAAACCAAAUGCUGUUCCAACUAUUUUCCCACACAAGAAGCCUCAGCCUGCUCGGAUAUCGAGUGAAAGGCGCGCAAUGAAGCGAGACGGACGAGACACUCUGGCCGCCCUCUUAAGCACCCAAGCCGCUCCUGUCGCUACAGCGGGAGGCGAACCUUUGGGCGUACCGCUAGUCACAGAGGAAGCUAAUAAUUCACCUCUACUGUCAGUUCAUCAGGCAGUGUGUGUUCAGUAUUCAGCUAAUAUGAGUGAUGCUGCCACUCAAACUGAUCAAAGCACGUCCAAUGCAAUUCAUUCAAUGCAACACAAAUGUCCCAACCCCAUUGAUAAAGCAAUAAAUUCUCAUCGCCGGAAUGGCAUACAUGUGAAGUCAAAAUCCAUUUUAGGGGACUCCCUCUGAAAGCUCAUCGCGAGAAUGGCAAGAGUGCCAAACAGUAAUCAGAGAAAAGGGUGACUACUUUGAAGAUACUAGAAUAUCACACGUUUUUAGUUAUUUCACCUUUUUUCUAAGUACACAAUACACACGUGUGCAUUUGUAGCAAGUUAUAACAGAAUUCACCGGCGGAAAUUAUGUUGGCACGUUGUGUGGUUGGGGGGGGGGUACUUUGUGAAGGGAACAGCUGGAAAUAACUGUUACCUUCCGCGGGUCGCAUGCCAGACAGACAUUGCUAUUUCUUGCAGCCUAAAUGUCAAUAAAACAACGCGGAUUAGCUCCGUGGUUUGAUACUCCGCAUCCUUCCCUAGCUCGCCACACAUUCAUAGUUUUAUUGCCUUCAGUGAGAGUUUAUAAUGUCAAUGGUCAAGAAAAUAAAAAUGCACGAAUGCCAAUGUGUUUUGGCCUGUACUGUAUGUAAAGCAUACGACAGCUCUGGAUGCUAACAAUCUACACAAUUAUAUUGGAAUGAGUUUGAUGACGCAAUAACUCACCUUGAAGAUCUGCUGACAAAAACCUGAGUUCUCGACAACAUACGCUCUCUCGCUCCGUUGUCAUCGAGAUGCACUUGCCGCAAGUACACCAGAAGUUUAGCCCAACUCUUGCCUCAUCAGGUAUUUCUUGCUCUGCAUAUCGCCUUUGCUGCUCGUCUUGUGAACGACUGACAGUGCUGUCCUGCUCUUCACUUUUCCGCUCUGGUUCAAAUUGGAAGGGACGAACUGACGAGAUGUUGCUAAUGAAUGACACGCUGAAGUCUGGCAGCGGGAUUUGUGACGUCACAGCACUGCGACGUCAACAACCAUGGCGAACAAUCAGUUAAAAUAAUUUUACAAAUUUUAUUAAAACGAAAACAUUAAGAGGGAUUUAAUGUCAAAUUAUUAUAACUCAUACUAAGAUGUAUCUUUUAAGAAUUACUUGUCUUAAAUCUAGAGGAUCACUUUAACAAAACACACAAGAAUCCACACUGGAAAAAAACCUUUUUCCUGCUCAGUUUGUAGAAAAUGUUUUGUUCAGUCGGGAGAACAACACACACAAAAACCCAUACUGGUGAAAAACCUUUUUCCUGCUCAGUUUAUGAUCGAAGAUUCGCGCAGAAGCAAAAUUUAAAACGACACAAGAAUUGAUACUGGCGAAAAACCUUUUUUGUGUUGUUUGUGGUCAAAGAUUCGCUCAUAUAGAAACCUUAAAAAGACACAUAAGAACCCACACUGGUGAAAAACCUUUUUCCUGCUCAGUUUGUGGUCAAGUAUUCACUCUGAAGGAUGAGAUUAAGAGACACGUGUGUGUUGGUGUGAGAAGCAGUAGCCAAUGACUGCUUUGCCUGUUAUCGAUGCUGGCUUCAUCAGAUUUUGCAUGCACUACAAUUGUAUUCUAUAGCACUUCCUCAAAUCCUGUUGAGGGUUGGCACUUUUGGUCCCUUACAUGUUCUUUGUCCAAUCCUUGUAUGAUGUGCUUCCACACUAUCGCCAAAAAUACUGGCUCACCCGAUUUAACUCUCAGGUGCCAUGAUAUACAGUCGGGCAAAUAAGCAUUUAGUCAACCACCAAUUGUGCAAGUUCUCCUACUUGAAAAGAUGAGAGAGGCCUGUAAUUGUCAACAUGGGUUACCUCAACCAUGAGAGACAGAAUGUGGACAAAAAAAAAACAGAAAAUCACAUGUUUUGAUUUUUAAAGAAUUUAUUUCCAAAUUAGGGUGGAAAAUAAGUAUUUGGUGUCAUACAAACAAGCAAGAUUUCUGGCUGUCAAAGAGGUCUAACUUCUUCUAACGAGGUCUAACGAGGCUCCACUCGUUACCUGUAUUAAUAGCACCUGUUUUAACUCAUUAUCGGUAUAAAAGACACCUGUCCACCUCUCAGUCACACUCCAAACUCUACUAUGGCCAAGACCAAAGAGCUGUCGAAGGACACCAGAGACAAAUUGUAGACCUGCACCAGGCUGGGAAGAGUGAAUCUGCAAUAGGUAAAAAGCUUGGUGUAAACAAAUCAAUUCUGGGAGCAAUUAUUAGAAAAUGGAAGACAUACAAGACCAUUGAUAAUCUCCCUCGAUCUGGGGCUCCAUGCAAGAUCUCACCCCGGGGCGUCAAAAUAAUAACAAGAACGGUGAGCAAAAAUCCCAGAACCACAUGGGGGGACCGAGUGAAUGACCUAUAGAGAGCUGGGGCCACAGUAACAAAGGCUACUAUCAGUAACACAAUGCGCCGCCAGGGACUCAAAUGCUGCACUGCCAGACCUGGCCCCCUGUUGAAGCCAGUACACGUCCAGGCCCGUCUGCGGUUCGCUAGAGCAUUUGGAUGAUCCAGAGGAGGACUGGGAGAAUGUGUUAUGGACAGAUGAAACCAAAAUAGAACUUUUUGGUAGAAACACAGGUUCUCGUGGUUGGAGGAGAAAGAAUACUGAAUUGCGUCCGAAGAACACCAUACCAACUGUGUACUGGGGGUACAAACAUCAUGCUUUGGGGCUGUUUUUCUGCAAAGGGACCAGGACGACUGAUCUCUGUAAAGGAAAGAAUGAAUGGGGCCAUGUAUCGAGAGAUUUUGAGUGAAAAUCUCCUUCUAUCAGCAAGGGCAUUGAAGAUGAGGCGUGGCUGGGUCUUUCAGCAUGACAAUGAUCCCAAACACACAGCCAGGGCAACAAAGGAGUGGCUUCGUAAGAAGCAUUUCAAGGUCCUGGAGUGGCUUAACCAGUCUCCAGAUCUCAACCCCAUAGAAAAUCUGUGGAGGGAUUUGAAAGUCCGUGUUGCCCAACGACAGCCCCAAAAUAUCACUGCUCUAGAGGAGAUCUGCAUGGAGGAAUGGGCCAAAAUACCAGCAACAGUGUGUGAAAAGCUUGUGAAGAGUUACAGAAAACGUUUGGCCUCCGUUAUUGCCAACAAAGGGUACAUAACCAAGUAUUGAGAUGAACUUUUGGUAUUGACCAAAUACUUAUUUUCCACCAUGAUUUGCAAAUACAUUCUUUAAAAAUCAAACAAUGUGAUUUUCUUUUUUUUCUUUCCACAUUCUGUCUCUCAUGGUUGAGGUUUACCAAUGUUGAAAAUUAGAGGCCUCUCUAAUAUUUUCCAACUUGGAGAACUUGCACAAUUAUUGGUUGACUAAAUACUUAUUUGCCCCACUGUAUAUAUAUUUUUUUAAUGAUUAAAUUUAUUAGGAUAAUGGAAGCUUCCACUUGGGGAAAAUAUAUACAUACAGUAUAUCCUGUAUAUACAUAAUAUAAUAAAAAUAUACAGUACUGUGCAAAAGUUUUAGGCAGGUGUCUAUAUGUAUGUAUAUCUAGUACUUUCCCGGUUUUAAACCUAUGGGAAACAGCAACACGUCUUUACACUAUGUAUUAUUAGACAAUCCAAAUACUGGUUAAAGUGCGUGCUGCGUCAUCAAAUAUGGCCAAAUGUUCUCCUCAUAACAUGUUAGCAGGCUGCACAUUGUUUGCUUUCAAAGGCUUACUAUAAAUAGCAGCGCAAAUAAACUAAAAUAUUAGCCUAAACUCAGCGCUCCAUUUACACCAAAAAUGUGGGAAAAUACAUAUUAAAAUGAUAACGGACCAUUUGCUGAAUAACACUAUAAGUCUGAUAACUUUCCUUUUGAUAAAUAUCAGUGUGUCGAACUUUGAUGUGUGUCUUCAGAUUCAUAGUACAGGUAUUUUCUCCACCAAGUAUGUAGCCACAGCCGCCACACUUGUCUCCCACGGGGACAGUGCAUUUGCAUGUUUCUUUCGGUUGGAAUUAUAGUUAAAAUGCGACCAUGAAUCCUCGCGCCUGGAGCCGCCAUUAAUGUUGAUGUUAGAUUACUGCUCAUCUGGACUGCCUCGGGGGAGGGUGGGGGCGUGCGCAAGUCACGUGAAUGACGGCUGGCUUGGAAGCAGGCUGACCGACUACAGCACAAAAAAAAAAAAAACACGUGCACAACUGUCAAAUGUCACGAAUUGUGAACAUAUGACUGGUACGAUGCACAUUUUCAUGUCGUUGUCAUCUCGUCAGAUGUAAAUUGGCAAUCUUUUCGUCACGUUAAAGUUAUCAAAGACGCAUUUUCAGCUCGUCAUCAUGACGUCAUCUUCAUGAAAAAAAUGUCCAUUAACAAAAUGUUUUCGUUGUCCUCAUCGUUGACGAGAACAACACUGUUUGAUACCUGAAAAUAUACUUCCAAACCGCGGUCAUGUUGGCUGUGGGCUAGGCGUUUUUGCAAGACUGCGUCAGCCAGCAUGUUGCUUCUCGCUUUGUUUUAAUGACAUCUUCACAAGAGGACUAAGGUUCUUCACACGAUUCAAUGGUAAACUUUUGGUAUUCAAAACAUUUCGACCGAGAUUGCAUUUUUAGCUAUUUUUGGGCGAGUUUUCGGCGCCGAAUUUUCGGUCGCAUCUCUAUGUAAAAUGUCUCCUGUGUAUCAAAAUGAAAAUAUGUGUAUUUUUUCACUUUGAUGAAUAUUUUUUGAUACCUCGCAAUGCACUGAAUUUAAUUAUAGUUUUUGUCUACCUUUCAGACAGAAUAACAUCAUGCGAAUGGGUAGUAGUGGAACAUAUCCUCCUUGGGACCAUGUAUAUUGUAAAAAUGCAACUCUGUUUAAAAUGGCUGGUAAAUGGCUUUGGCUUCAUUUUUUAGUUUUUUUUUGUUUUUUGUUUUUUUCUUUGCUGAAAUGCAACUGAUUGUGCUCAAUGUGCCAGAAAUAUUGCAUUAAAUCGACUUUAAUAUCAGAAAGCUAUUAGAUGGUAGGGUGUCCUAACUUUUUCCUCAGAUACAAUAUGUAUAUGUGCAAAUAUGUAUUUGGUUUAAUUAGUAAAACAAUGUUAAUUUUUGUUGUUUACCUGAAAUUAAAUCACGUUCUUUUCUAGAGAUAAAGAAAAACAAGAUCAGACAUUGAUAUGUGAACAUUUCUUAAUAAAGUACUGAAUAUUUAAUGGGGUGCCCUAAUUUUUUCACAUUAUGUCUAAUCAUUAAUCUCUCCAUUUGAUCUGAUAUAUCAUCAUUUAAUAACUUUAUUUAAACUUGUUGAGAUAUCUCUACGAUGGUUGAGAAGUUUAAUAAACAAUUACAUAAUUUCAAAGGAUUCAAUGGCAUCCGCUGCAAGGUUAGAAGGCCGUCAACAUGACGACUUGGGAGAGGGUGUGAAGCCAUCUAUAUCGGACAAAAUUAGCCAUUCCACUGACACACUGUGAGGCGUGCAUGUUCCGGUGAUGUGCUACUCG